AUGACCGUCGGUACUACAACUGUCUCAAAACCAAAUAUUGGUGUCUACACCAACCCCAAACAUGAUCUCUGGAUUGCCGACGCGAAACCUACGUUAGAAGAGGUGCAGAAAGGCGAGGGUCUCAAGUCUGGUGAAGUCACCGUGGAAAUCAAAAGUACUGGGAUUUGCGGUUCAGAUGUCCACUUCUGGCAUGCCGGCUGUAUCGGCCCCAUGAUAGUCAAUGGCGACCAUAUCCUGGGCCAUGAGUCGGCGGGUGUUAUCGUUGCCGUCGGCCCUGAUGUCAACAACCUCAAAGUCGGAGACCGUAUCGCUGUAGAACCGAACAUCAUUUGCAACAAAUGCGAACCUUGCCUCACUGGUCGCUAUAACGGCUGCGAAAAUGUGGAGUUCUUGUCUACCCCGCCUAUUGAUGGAUUACUGCGUCGUUACGUUAAUCACCCGGCUGUUUGGUGCCAUAAGAUUGGAAAUAUGAGCUUCGAGAAUGGCGCUUUGCUGGAACCCCUUAGUGUUGCACUGGCUGGUGUAGAUCGCGCAGGUGUGCGAUUGGGUGAUCCAGUACUCGUUGCUGGAGCUGGUCCUAUUGGCUUAGUGACGUUGCUCUGUGUACGAGCCGCUGGCGCCACACCCAUAGUCAUUACAGAUAUUGACGAGGGCCGACUGAAGUUCGCAAAAGAAUUGGUUCCGGAUGCGCGCACUUAUAAGGUUCAGAUCGACAAGAAUGCAGAGGAGAAUGCAGCAGGAAUUCUGGCUGCUUUGAAUGACAACGAGGGCGAUUCCAUUCGCCCACAAGUGGCAUUGGAGUGUACCGGUGUGGAAAGCAGUGUUGCCUCGGCCAUCUGGAGUGUCAAGUUCGGUGGGAAGGUAUUUGUGAUUGGUGUUGGCAAGAACGAAAUGCAAGUCCCUUUUAUGCGUCUCAGUACCUGGGAAAUCGACCUGCAAUAUCAGUACCGAUACGCAAACACAUGGCCCAAGGCCAUCCGACUGGUCAAGAAUGGAGUCAUUGAUUUGCGAAAAUUGGUCACCCACCGAUACCCUAUUGAAGAUGCCCUAAAAGCCUUUGAGACAGCAGCCAAUCCCAAGACGGGUGCUAUCAAGGUGCAGAUUAUGAGCUCGGAAGAAGAAGUUGCAGCAGCCACGCAAGCUGCCAACGGUAUUUAA